ACCCUGCCCGCCCCGCUGCGCUCGUCCGGGGGCUGGUUCGGCCCUGGCCGUUGACGUCACCGCCAAGUUUGCUGCCCUCGGAGCCCCACGUGUGGCGGUGGCGGUGGCGGCGUACUGUGAGGCGACGGGGCGACGGGGAGGCGGCGAGCGCAGUGGCCGCGGCCGCUGACAGGUCUCCUGCAGCCGGGCUCAGCCACGCCGCUCCCAGGUGGGGCCUGAGAGUAGCCGGAGUGGCCGGGCGCGCGUGAAGAGAGACCGACUGCUCGGGGAGGGUCCUCUGACUCCAGCUCUAGCAGAGGAACUCCGGGGACCUGGCCUUAGGGCUGAGAGGGCGCGCCCAGGGGGGCCAGGGACCGAGGAAGCAGGACUGGGAGGCGCUGUCCCUGCCGCGGUCUUCGGUGCACGGAGCUCAGCGGCCCCGGCGCUGCGCGUCCCUUCAGCGGGACCGAGCGAAGGAUGCGCGAUCGCUGAGCUGGGAUCUGCGCCGAUCCGGGGCCGAGACGCACGCUUUCGCCAUCGCGGCCGCGACCCCCAUUCCGGCGACUCUCAGGGAACUGGUGUGCCGAGGGCGGCCCCAGACUCGGGACUUGGGCGAGUCUGAGACGAUGGUUUCUUAAGCACGGCACCACGUCCCCCUUCCUGCCCCCUCGACCGGAGGCUAGGAUCCCGCGCGGAGCUCCCAGGGCUCCCGGGGCUCGGUCUUCUCGAGGAGCCCCGGCUGCCUUCGCCUGGGCAGCUCGCACGGCCCCAGGGACUCAGGGCGAUGUGGCCUCCGUCCAGCACGCAGUCCCUCCCGGAGGAUGUCAGGGCAACUGGCCGAAUCCCGACCUAGCAUGGCCCACGCGCUGCCCGACGUCGCCUCCGGCUAGGAUGGCCCCUCCGGGCCCGGCCGGCUCCCACCCCACCUCUGCCGAGCCACUGUCCCGCAGCAUCUUCCGGAAGUUCUUGCUGAUGCUCUGCUCUCUGCUCACAUCCUUGUACGUUUUCUACUGCCUGGCUGAGCGCUGCCAGACCCUGUCUGGCCCCGUCGUGGGGCUGUCGGGCAGCGGCGAGGAGGCGGGGGCCCCGGCUGGCCGUGUCCUGGCCAGAGGCCCAGGGGAGCCGGCGGCGUGGCCUGCGGCCGCGCGGAGAAAGCGCCUCCUGCAAGGGCAGCCGUGGCUGAGACGCCUGCCGCCCGCGCCGGGCGACGCCGCCGCCGAGGAGGCGGCCUGGGAAGAGGAGCCCCCCGGCCUGGCGGGGAGUCCCGGGGGCUCCGGGGCCGGGAGCAGCGUGGCCGAGAGCCCGCCGGGGACCCUGGCCCUGCUGCUGGAUGAAGGCAGCAAGCAGCUGCCGCAGGCCAUCAUCAUCGGCGUGAAGAAGGGCGGCACGCGGGCGCUGCUGGAGUUCCUGCGCGUGCACCCUGACGUGCGCGCCGUGGGCGCCGAGCCCCACUUCUUCGACCGCAGCUACCACAAGGGCCUCGCCUGGUACCGGGACCUGAUGCCCAGAACCCUGGACGGCCAGAUCACCAUGGAGAAGACGCCCAGUUACUUCGUCACGCGCGAGGCGCCCGCGCGCAUCGCGGCCAUGUCCAGGGACACCAAGCUCAUCGUGGUGGUGCGCGACCCGGUGACCAGGGCCGUCUCGGACUACACGCAGACGCUGUCCAAGCGGCCCGACAUCCCCACCUUCGAGAGCCUGACGUUCCGGAACAGGAGCGCCGGCCUCAUCGACACGUCGUGGAGCGCCAUCCAGAUCGGCAUCUACGCCAAGCACCUGGAGCACUGGCUGCGCCACUUCCCGCUGCGCCAGCUGCUCUUCGUCAGCGGCGAGCGGCUCAUCCGCGACCCGGCCGGCGAGCUGGGCCGCGUGCAGGACUUCCUGGGCCUCAAGCGCAUCAUCACCGACAAGCACUUCUACUUCAACAAGACCAAGGGCUUCCCCUGCCUCAAGAAGGCCGAGGGCAGCGGCCGGCCGCACUGCCUGGGCAAGACCAAGGGCCGCACCCACCCCGACAUCGACCGCGAGGUGCUGCAGCGGCUGCGGGACUUCUACCGGCCCUUCAACCGCAAGUUCUACCAGAUGACCGGCCAGGACUUCGGCUGGGAUGGAUGACAGUGUAAUUUAAAAAGAAAAAAAUAUCAAAAUAUAAUAUAUUUUUUUACCAGGCGGUAGAGAGAAGGCAGUUUAAUAUUUGUGCUGCAUGUGUUUGUUUCAGUCUUGUUUCCCAGUGAAUGUUAAGAGAUUGAUCUCGCCUCCGCCCACAUCUUCAAUGUGACAGCAAUCGUUUGGGGAAACAAAAAGGAAACCUUCACUCGUCUGAACUCCCCCAUUUUCAGUUUUUGUGUUUUAUAUACACAGUUAUGAAGUAUGAGUGUCAGCUGCCAUUAAAACUUUCCAGAAAAUCCCGAGGACCUCUGUCUCCCUCUCUUUAACAAAGCCCAGAUAAAACUGGUGUCUGUCCUUCUAUCUUCCUCCCUUUAAUGUUUUCCUGUGCCGCUUCUUCUUAAGCCGUUUACCACUCCUUAAUACUCUUAUGUUCACACACCACUUCCCAGUUAUCACACUGCUUGCAAAUAAAACAUCUUUUUUGAUUCUUCUACUAAGAGGUGAUAAGAACAUAGAACAUAAUUAUAUCCAUUUUACAGAUAAGGAAACUGAGUCUCAGGGAGGUUAAAUGAAGUGUCUUCAGGCCAGAUGGUGGUCCCUGGACGAGACCCCACCUCCCACUUGUUCCCUGUUUAGUGCCACUUUUCCAGGGAGAAUGAAAAAGGUGCAGAUGCCUGUGCCUUUGGAAAUGGUUACGUAGCACGGGGGUGAUCUGAGAUGGGGGAGAGAGGGUUUCCCGUUGCUUCCCCAGCCCUAGGCUCGUUUGUGGCACGCAACACCUUACACAGCUGUGCUCAGCGGAACACUCAGACCUAGACACAGCACCUUUUAAGAGCCAGUCCUGGCUCAUUAAAAUACCCCGAGGCACGGAAACCUCACCUUGACUGAAGCUGACAGAAAGCACGGGGUCCUUGUCUAGAGAAGACGGACCAUCACACUAGGAGCAGGACAAGGUGUGGUAGGAGAAUAACUCACCUAUUUGUUACUUUCACUGUCUUUUUCUUUUUUUCUUACAGAAAACCCCACUUUAAUAAACUUACGAGUAUGAAUCUCA